CUCUCCAGAGAGAACUCCAGCAUUUUGUGUCUACCUUCGAUUUAAACCAGCACCUGCAGUUCCUUCCUGUUCCUGCAACAUUGUACUGUUCUGUAUUGUGUGCUCUAGAACCUGUGUCUCGCUGGGCUCAGCAAACUGCGAGCUCUAACAAAGGUGCAAACUUAGGGCCGACUUCAAAAGCUGUCAAACUUUUAUUUACUCCCCAAAAAAAGUUUGGAGACUCAUCAAUUUCAUAACUCGGAGGCCCCGCCCCUUACAUGAAUAUUCAGUUCGUAAUUUGCAUGUAAAUCACCUGUAUGAAUAUUAAUGAGGGAGGAGUCGAGUCCCUGUUGAACAUUUGGUAGAGGCAACCUGUUAGAGACUGAGAAGUUAAAGUGAGUGAGUGGGGCUAACCUGGAAUUACUAUGGCCCUUGCAGAAACAGUCCUGCCUUCAAUCAGCUCAUUCGCCAACCCCGUCAACUUCCAGGAGAAACAGGACGAGAUCAUUAAGUGGUGGGAAGUGGAGGACAACUCAACCAAGCUGAACGCCAACGCCACCAGUGGCAGGACCUCAGUUGGAGUUGGAUCCAGGCCCCUUCUUGCACCCGACCAGAUCAAACGAGAAGAUGAGGACUUCAGCUCCUUAUUGGACCUGGAUCUCUUCCUGUCGGACCUAUCCGGCGCUGAGCAUGACGCCAACACGCCCGUGCCCCCCAGGUACCCACUGGCGCAGGUACCGGACAACCACAGCGGCAAAUUUAAGCGGGAAGCCCAGCAGUCCGCGGAGUGGAGCAGCUCGGAUCCUCCGGGGACCAGCCUGGUGGCUGAACUCAUGUCCGCGGAUGUCCAAACAAGUCAGCUGAGACCAAGCGCCCAGGUCAAUGGUGUUGACCUACGCUGUAAAACAUACACCACCCUGGGGAGCGCGGACCAGGGACCUUCAUCUCCGCUGCUGGAGAAGCUGGGGGCAUGCCCGCCAAUGCCUACGGGAGAUGGUGGCCAUAAGCAAGGCCGCCUGGCGCCAACUUCCUCCAACACCGAGCAGAAGCCCAUCUUGCUGCCGAGGAGCCACCUUGGCCGCCAGUUCUAUCCCCAGGUGGGCUCAACAUCUCCAGCAGAUCUGAGGUCGCUCCCGAGGAGCCAGCAGGUGUCCCAGUAUCAGCUGCCCGAUUACUACCGGCACCAGCACCACCUAUACCAGCCAGGGCCACUCAACUACCAGGUGCUGACCCGGUACCCGUCCUACUACCCGCAGCAGCCUGCACCCCAGUACCAGGGCCAGAUCCACUUCUGUACGUCUAACCUCAAGAGCCCCUUGCCCGGGCACGCCGCCGCCACCUUGUUGACCCCGUCCCCGCUCCCGGGCUCGGCGCCGUCUCCCGCCGAUGGCGAGGACCCCAAGCACAAGCGGACGCGGAAAACCUGGGCGAGGAAGAGAGUGGCCAGUCACAGCUGCGAGUACCCUGGCUGUGGGAAGGUUUACACCAAGAGUUCCCACCUGAAGGCUCACCUGCGCACUCAUACAGGUGAGAAGCCAUACCACUGCACCUGGGAGGGGUGUGGCUGGAAGUUUGCCCGCUCCGAUGAGCUAACCCGCCAUUACCGCAAGCACACGGGCCACCGGCCCUUCCAAUGCCACCUGUGUGAACGAGCCUUCUCCCGCUCCGACCACCUGGCUCUCCACAUGAAGCGACACAUGUGAACCACCCACCCCAGGGCUGGACCUGUUGCCCAUGGACAACAACCUCCCCCCUCC